AUGGCUGAACCGAUAUAUAGCGAAUUUACCGGUGACAACGCUGAAAUAAAUUCUCUGGCAUUGUUAGAAGGCCGUUACACAUUACCUGAUCUGUUGGACCCAGCUACGGCUUCUUUCUUAUCUCACUGCCGAUUUCACAAAGGGCACUCUCCAGUCCACUUGCAAGUCUCCAAGGACAAUCAAGUGUACUUCUGGUCGCGUAACCCUGAGAAUAAAGGAUCCGAACCUAAUGGACUACAUAAUGGACACUUUAAGGCGGCUAUCCAGUCUCCAUCUAUAGCAUACUGUGAUGCCCUUUUCCGGAACAUUCCUCUCACCACAGGGUUUGUUCCUCUUCAAUGGCAAAACCUGAUGAACUUUGCCAUUGAAAAGAAGCCUGGAGACUUCCGCCUAUCUAAAAUGCGCACCAUCCAGCUGAUGAAAGCUGAUGAAUUCCGAGGCCCAGGCAAACAAUAA